UACUUACAUGCCUCUAAUUCCUUAUCCGGAGUUUAAAGAUUUCUUUAUUGCUUUAAAUAAGCAGAUUGUCUAUGGCAGUCAGCCCAUAGAGGGCGCUGCUUGCCUGUCUAUGAAUUCUCUGCCCAACUGUGUUAAAGAUAUAAUUGUCGCUUGUCGCUGCUGCUUCCGCUACAGUACUGAUGACGGCACUGUACACACGGUACUUCUUUUUGAAGAAGUACAAAGGAAUGCUACUCCUUUUGAAGAUGACGGGGUUCCAGAGGGUGAUUAUGAAUUCCCAUUCAGCUUCCGCUGUCCUGAGACGUUACCGCCUUCCACCACGAUUUCGGGAGGCUGGGACGCCGUUGCUAACUGCAAAGUAUGGUACGAGAUUCGCUCUUACGUGAUCCACUCGGAACUUAUGAAAUUCGACAGAAAGCAUCUGCGUACUUCUAUAGAAUUUCGGCGAGCAGUGUUGUACAACCCGGUGAUAGCCCCUCUUGCUUUAAAUUUUGUCCCUCAGCACGUGACAGCUCAUCUGCAGAUUAUAGGCUCUCUUGAUUCAGACGUGUACAUCUCCGGAAGUCCUAUAAGGAUAUCGCUUUUCAUUCGCCACGAGCUUCUCCGAAGCAUCAAUACCAUUAAAAUUAACAUUCGUCAAAAUCUCAAAGUUAAAAAAAGGUCUAUGCGGCAAGUCCGCGAGUUUUGCUCGAGUCAAAUUUUAGCUACGAAAGUGCUAACUGAAAACAUUCCUAUCAAAAGGCAUCAGGAGUACCGAAAGGAUAUCAUCAUGAACCUGAAGCACGAGGACCGAGGAAAACUACGGGGUGUGGCUCUUUCAGGGCAGAUGGACGCCUCCGGAGGACCUCAGCUUGCGUCCUCCGUGCGACUUUUCACACCAGAAGGCGUAGAAGUCAGUUACUGCGUAGAAGUCCACUGUUGCGUGUUUUUUUCGCCGAAUUAUAUAAUCACUCUUCCGUUCAACGUUGCCGACCGCAUUGCUGAUGAACCCCCGCCGGACUACUGGCCUAAAACACCUCCUUACUCUUUGCCCGCCUUGCCAGAAACUUACGAUUACGACGAAGACAGUGAGACGGGCGUUCCUUCCUACGAUGACGCAAUAAGAAGACGCUCCUUGUACAAAAUUGUGGAUGGAAGCGCUUCGCAGGAAAGACUAAAAUCUGUAGUUGAUGCUUUCUCUUUGCAAAAAUCCAUGAUCGCUUCUCCGUUGCCGUGGGACUCCACGUUGCCUGCCUGGCAGCGUUUAAGACUUUCGGCUUCACAGUCGUCCACUUCGCUAAGUACUAAAACCCUACAGGAACCACAAGGCGGACGUCUCCUGAGGUCAGUGACAUUACAGCCUUGCGACGGGCAUAUAACGGAUUUUGUUAAGGGCAGUUACAAUAUUAAAGGCAGCGAACAACAAAGCCCCAACGCUUCCCGCACGAACUCCCCAAAACUUUAACGGGGAAGAACUUUUCUUCAUAAUGAAGUUUAAGAAAACUUUCUUGUUUUAUAUAGC